UCGCCUUUCGCUCUUUUCGGUUUUCAAGCGCCUCAGGCAUGACUUGGGGCACGUCGGCGCUUGUGAGCUCAGCUCAGUUCUCAAUUAAGUUUCAACAUGUUCUGUUCACGACAAAGCGUGUUUUUACCGAAUUUCUUGCUUUUAACCGGCGCGAUGGUGUUGUUGCUUUUGCAUAGCAGCACCACCGAGGCAUACUCGGGACUAAUACCGGCCGAUCCAGAUAACCCGGGCAAGUGUAUUUAUCGCGGCGAUGUACUGAAGCCUGGCGUGAAUGAGGGCAUUGCGCCGUGCCAGCGCCUCACUUGCAAUCAGGACGGUUCGAUAUUCAUUGAGGGUUGCGGCCGCUUACGCAUCGAGAAGUGCAACAACGGCGAGCGCAUACACAUGGACAAGCCGUUCCCGGAGUGCUGCAAGCUACGCUACAAGUGCAAGAAGCCCGACGGCUCGCCGUACUACAUUGAGCGCGACGCAUUCGGCGGCGAUCAACAGAACAAGCUCCGGCGCUGAGCGCGUUUUAGAGAGUGUGGGAGUGCGAGAGCAAGAAGGUAGAGAGAGAGAGAGAGAGCAGUGAUCUUGUUGAGCCUGAGCGCUCUAAAAGCGUUUAAUGUCAUCAAUUGGAGGUUGUUGCUGCUGAUAAGGCUUACACGGUUCAUUUGUUUGUGUCUUUCUUAGUUAGUUGUAUAUGUACUGUUUGUAUAAUCUUAGUUCGUAAAUAUUUUUGUUUGGAUUACAUGUUUUUAUUUUUAUUUUGUAUUUUUUCCGCUUAGAUUUAGAAAUAAACAAAUGCAUAUUUAUUAUCAACAACAACAAA